UCCCGCGUGGCGAGGCGGAACCGGGCUUGGGACCGGGAUCGGGAUCAGGAGCGGGAUCGGGAUCGGGAUCAGCGGGCGGGUGACCUCAGGCACAGCAGGAGGAUGGCCAACUCAAUGCAGGGCAUCGGGAGCCUCCCCAGCACCGAGCUCUGGACCUCACAUAACAGGAUGGUAAUGGAGCCACUUGAGACCAAUGAUCCAGAGGUUCACAGCAUCAUCAAGAAGGAGAAGCAGCGGCAGAAGCUGGGGUUGGAGUUAAUCGCCUCAGAGAACUUUGCAAGCCGAGCAGUCCUGGAGGCCCUGGGAUCCUGCCUGAACAACAAAUACUCUGAGGGCUACCCAGGGCAGAGGUACUACGGUGGGACAGAGUUUGUAGAUGAGCUGGAAAGGCUGUGCCAGAAGCGAGCCCUGCAGGCCUACCAGCUUGACCCCCAGAAGUGGGGUGUCAACGUCCAGCCCUACUCAGGGUCACCCGCAAACUUUGCUGUGUACACGGCCCUGGUGGAGCCCCACGGCAGGAUCAUGGGGCUGGACCUGCCUGAUGGGGGCCACCUCACCCAUGGGUUCAUGACGGACAAGAAGAAGAUCUCUGCCACCUCUGUCUUCUUUGAGUCCAUGCCCUACAAGGUCAACCCCAAGACUGGUUACAUUGACUACGACCGGCUGGAGGAGAACGCCCGCCUCUUCCACCCCAAGCUGAUCAUAGCAGGUGUCAGCUGCUACUCGCGCAACCUGGACUACGCCCGCAUGCGGAAGAUCGCCGACGACAACGGUGCCUACCUGAUGGCUGACAUGGCCCACAUCAGCGGGCUGGUGGCUGCUGGUGUGGUGCCCUCCCCCUUUGACCACUGCGACGUUGUCUCCACCACCACCCACAAGACCUUGAGGGGCUGCAGGGCUGGAAUGAUCUUCUACCGCAAAGGCACCCGCAGUGUGGACCCCAAGACGGGCAAGGAAACACUCUACAACCUGGAGAGCCUCAUCAACCAGGCGGUCUUCCCCGGGCUGCAGGGAGGCCCACACAACCAUGCCAUUGCAGGGAUCGCCGUGGCUCUGCAGCAGGCCAUGACACCCGAGUUCAAGGCCUACCAGCUGCAGGUGGUGGCCAACUGCAGGGCGCUCUCGACGGCGCUGAUGGAGCUGGGCUACGACAUCGUCACUGGGGGCUCCGACAACCACCUGAUCCUCCUGGACCUGCGCAGCAGAGGGACAGAUGGUGGCCGUGCUGAGCGGGUGCUGGAGCUCUGCUCCAUCGCCUGCAACAAGAACACCUGUCCCGGUGACAUCAGCGCCCUGCGCCCCAGUGGGCUGCGGUUCGGGACGCCGGCUCUCACCUCCCGCGGGUUCCGGCAGGAUGAUUUCCACCAGGUGGCUCAGUACAUCCACAGAGGGAUCGAGCUGACGCUGCGUGUCCAGAAGGACAUGAGCCCCAAGGCUACGCUGAAGGAAUUCAAGGACAAACUCAGGGAGGAGAAAUACCAGGGGGAGUUGAAGGCGCUGAAGGAAGAGGUGGAAGCUUUUGCAGCGACCUUCCCUCUCCCGGGGCUGCCAGUCCUGUAAAGGGAAACCCCUGCACCCUGAGCAAGGGGAGUGCACAGGGCAGCAGCAAGCUCCCAGACCAAUGCCUCAGUGCCUUCACCCAGCACCUCCCUACUGGCACUGGAACCAGUGCAGCAGCAGUGCCUUGUUUGGCUCUUACCCCCUUCUCCCCUCUCUUUUGGGGUACAGGACCCCCCUGAGCACAGCACAGCCUCCCUGCAGGGAAACCAACUCCUUCACCAUUCAGUGUUCCAGCUGGAAGGAACACCAGGCAGCCCUCACAACAAGGUUCCAUCCUGCUCUCUCUGUCUGUGGGAGUAACAGAUGAGGUUAAAGCCCCUGCCCACAGCAUGAGCAGGGACCAGCACCCCAGCAAACAGCCCUCCUGGGAUCACCAUCCCAUCAGAGCCAGCAUCUCUGGCAUCUCC